GCGCCCGCUGUUCUCCGCAGAGGCGGCGGCGAGGAAGCGCGCGCCGACAGUCUGCACUGUUUCUCUUUCUCCCCAGGGAGAGCGCGCGAGGGAGGCGCCUGGGAAGCGCGGUUGCAUUGAGCGGCCGGACGGAGCGGUGAAAUUUCAUAUUUGAAUCUCCUGUAGUACUGUCAGUAGCCUAAUUUUCAAGAUUUUUAGAAAAGAUAGAAUCAAAAGGACUCUACUUUCAGGUACUUGUUCAAAUAGUUACACCAUAUCCCAGGAAAUCAUCACAGUGUGUCUCUAAUAAAUUGAUGUGCAGACAGGGUCUUGCUAUGCAACUCAGGCCGGCCUUAAAUUUAAGACAAUCCUCUUGAUUCAUCCUUCAGAGAGCUGGGAUUACAGGGGCUGUAUUUGAAUUUCAUUGAAAUUAACUAAGAAAAGGGAAAAAAUGAAAAACUGACAUUAAAAUUAAGAAGUUCUCUUCAUCUGAAAAGAUUAAGUGAGCAAACAGGUUGUACAUUAGUAGUAUGGAUGCUGUUGUCUUAAGUUUCUGUAAUCAUGGCACAAGAAUAUAACAGGGUCUUGUUACACAUUUCAAACUGGCUUUGAACUCCCUGUGUAGCCCGGGCUGGCCUGGAACUCUUGGAAUCCUCCUGCCUCAGCUUCCUGAGUGCUGCAAUUACAGGAAUGUGCCACCACAUUUGGUUUAGCUUGAAUGGUUUUAAAGUGAACUUCAAGGUAGAAAAGAGAAAGCAUGGGAGUAUGGCAAUUACAGAAUCCCGGUAAUACAAGUUCCACUCAGUUUUUUGUGAAAGAAAGCCAUUUGUUAAAGUGAAGCCAAGGAACUAUUGUGGAUUACAGUCUUAUUUAAGAUCUGGAUCUUCAGUGUUUGAAAAUCAGGCAACAUUUAACCUUUUAAAUGAAAAAUCUUAAGAUUCCAUGCAACUGUUGUAUUUUUGGCAAGCCAUUCUCAAAAAGGGAAGUGCACAUCUAAAACACAGAUAUGAUUCUUUCUGCAGGGAUUUAAGUCUGAUUAUUUUUGCAUCAUGACCAGCUUGAAACGGUCACAGACAGAAAGGCCUGUUGCCACUGACAGGGCCUCUGUUGUUGGCACAGAUGGUACCCCCAAAGUCCACACUGAUGAUUUCUACAUGCGUCGCUUCCGGUCCCAAAAUGGUAGUUUAGGAUCAUCAGUUAUGGCUCCUGUAGGGCCCCCUCGAAGUGAAGGUUCUCACCAUAUAACCUCUACUCCUGGUGUCCCAAAAAUGGGGGUUAGGGCAAGGAUUGCAGAUUGGCCUCCUAGAAAGGAAAACAUAAAGGAAUCCAGCCGUUCAAGCCAGGAAAUAGAAACCUCAGGUUGCCUUGAGAGCCUGUCCUCCAAAAGUAGUCCUGUGAGUCAGGGAAGUUCUGUUAGCCUCAAUUCCAAUGACUCAGCCAUGCUGAAGAGUAUACAGAACACACUGAAAAACAAAACUAGACCAUCGGAGAACAUGGACUCCAGAUUUCUUAUGCCUGAAGCCUAUCCCAGCUCCCCUAGGAAAGCUCUUCGCAGAAUACGGCAGCGGAGUAACAGUGAUAUCACCAUAAGUGAACUUGACGUGGAUAGCUUUGAUGAAUGUAUCUCACCCACAUACAAGACUGGCCCAUCAUUGCACAGGGAAUAUGGUAGCACAUCUUCAAUUGAUAAGCAAGGAACAUCUGGAGAAAGCUUUUUUGAUUUGUUAAAGAGCUAUAAAGAUGAUAAAUCUGACCGAGGUCCAACUCCAACCAAGCUCAGUGACUUUCUCAUUGCUGGUGGGAGCAAGGGUUCUGGUUUUUCUUUGGAUGUUAUUGAUGGGCCCAUCUCACAGAGAGAAAACCUUAGGCUUUUUAAGGAAAGGGAGAAACCACUCAAACGACGUUCCAAGUCCGAAACUGGAGAUUCAUCCAUUUUUCGUAAAUUACGCAAUGCCAAAGGUGAAGAACUUGGGAAAUCAUCUGACCUUGAAGACAACCGAUCAGAAGACUCUGUCAGACCCUGGACAUGUCCAAAGUGCUUUGCCCACUAUGAUGUUCAGAGUAUAUUAUUUGAUUUGAAUGAGGCAAUUAUGAACAGGCACAAUGUCAUUAAGCGGAGAAACACCACUACAGGAGCUUCAGCAGCAGCUGUGGCAUCCUUGGUCUCUGGACCUUUGUCUCAUUCAGCUAGUUUCAGCUCUCCAAUGGGCAGCACGGAGGACCUGAAUUCCAAAGGAAGCCUCAGCAUGGACCAGGGAGAUGAUAAAAGCAAUGAACUUGUGAUGAGCUGUCCAUAUUUUCGGAAUGAGAUAGGUGGAGAAGGUGAAAGGAAAAUCAGCCUGUCAAAAUCAAAUUCGGGCUCCUUUAGUGGGUGUGAAAGUGCCUCCUUUGAGUCUACCCUUACCUCCCAUUGCACAAAUGCGGGAGUGGCAGUACUUGAAGUGCCCAAGGAAAACUUAGUGUUGCACCUGGAUAGAGUAAAAAGAUACAUUGUGGAACAUGUGGAUCUUGGUGCAUACUAUUACAGGAAAUUUUUUUACCAGAAAGAACACUGGAACUAUUUUGGGGCUGAUGAGAAUCUUGGUCCAGUGGCUGUGAGCAUUCGAAGGGAAAAACCAGAAGAAAUGAAAGAAAAUGGAUCUCCAUACAACUAUCGAAUAAUUUUUAGAACUAGUGAGCUCAUGACACUGAGAGGGUCUGUCUUAGAAGAUGCCAUUCCUUCAACAGCAAAGCACUCAACUGCCAGAGGGUUGCCGCUGAAAGAAGUGCUGGAGCAUGUGAUCCCUGAGCUCAAUGUCCAGUGCUUGCGGUUGGCUUUCAACACUCCCAAAGUCACCGAGCAGCUCAUGAAACUGGAUGAACAAGGGCUGAACUAUCAGCAAAAAGUUGGCAUCAUGUACUGCAAAGCUGGACAGAGCACUGAAGAAGAGAUGUAUAACAAUGAAUCAGCAGGCCCAGCCUUUGAGGAAUUCCUUCAGCUAUUGGGAGAACGAGUUCGACUGAAAGGAUUUGAGAAGUAUCGUGCACAGCUUGACACCAAAACUGACUCUACUGGAACUCAUUCUCUGUACACAACAUAUAAAGACUAUGAAAUCAUGUUCCAUGUUUCUACCAUGUUGCCGUACACACCUAACAACAAGCAACAGCUCCUAAGGAAGCGGCACAUUGGAAAUGACAUUGUAACAAUUGUUUUCCAAGAGCCUGGAGCACAGCCAUUCAGCCCAAAAAACAUCAGAUCCCAUUUUCAGCAUGUUUUCGUCAUUGUCAGGGCUCACAACCCCUGCACUGAUGGUGUCUGUUACAGUGUGGCUGUCACCAGGUCUAGAGAUGUGCCUUCCUUUGGACCUCCCAUCCCUAAAGGAGUCACUUUCCCCAAAUCAAACGUAUUCAGGGACUUUCUUUUGGCCAAAGUGAUUAAUGCAGAAAAUGCUGCUCAUAAAUCAGAAAAGUUCCGGGCCAUGGCUACUCGAACUCGCCAAGAAUACCUGAAAGACCUAGCAGAAAAGAAUGUUACCAACACCCCUAUUGACCCUUCAGGCAAGUUCCCAUUUAUUUCUCUGGCCUCCAAGAAGAAGGAAAAAUCUAAGCCAUAUCCAGGAGCUGAGCUUAGUAGCAUGGGGGCCAUCGUGUGGGCCGUCCGGGCCAAAGACUACAACACAGCUAUGGAGAUAGACUGCCUUCUGGGUGUCUCCAGUGAGUUCAUUGUCCUCAUUGAGCAGGAAACAAAGAGCGUGGUUUUCAAUUGUUCCUGCAGAGAUGUUAUAGGUUGGACUUCAACUGAUACCAGCCUCAAAAUCUUCUAUGAGCGAGGGGAGUGUGUUUCAGUGGAGAGUUUCAUUAGCAAUGAGGAUAUCAAAGAAAUUGUCAAAAGGUUGCAGUUUGUUUCAAAAGGUUGUGAAUCAGUGGAGAUGACUCUGCGAAGAAAUGGUCUAGGACAGCUAGGAUUCCAUGUCAACUAUGAGGGCAUUGUCGCAGAUGUGGAGCCCUAUGGCUAUGCCUGGCAGGCAGGGCUGAGGCAAGGAAGCCGACUGGUGGAAAUCUGCAAGGUGGCUGUGGCCACCCUGAGUCAUGAGCAGAUGAUCGAUCUCCUGAGGACAUCUGUCACUGUGAAAGUUGUCAUCAUCCCCCCCCAUGAUGACUGCACCCCACGGAGGAGUUGCUCUGAAACCUACCGCAUGCCAGUGAUGGAAUACAAAAUGAAUGAAGGUGUUUCAUAUGAAUUUAAGUUUCCCUUCCGAAACAACAACAAAUGGCAGCGGAAUGCCAGUAAGGGGCCUCAUGCACCUCAAGUUCCAGCCCAGGUGCAGAGUCCCAUUACCUCAAGGUUGAACGCUGGGAAAGUAGAUGGGAAGAUACCUCCCCCAGAAAGAGUCGCUAACAUUCCUCGAAGUAUCUCCAGUGAUGGGCGCCCACUAGAACGGCGCCUGUCUCCUGGUUCGGACAUCUAUGUGACAGUAUCAUCCAUGGCUUUAGCAAGAUCCCAGUGUCGUAACUCCCCUAGCAACCUGUCUUCAUCCAGCGAGACUGGGUCUGGUGGGGGUACUUACAGGCAAAAGUCCAUGCCCGAAGGGUUUGGAGUAAGCCGAAGGUCUCCAGCCUCUAUUGACAGACAAAACACCCAGGCAGACAUUGGUGGCAGUGGAAAGUCCACACCCAGCUGGCAAAGAAGUGAGGAUGGCAUUGCUGACCAGAUGGCUUACAGUUAUAGAGGACCUCAGGAUUUCAAUUCUUUUGUCCUCGAGCAGCAUGAAUAUACAGAGCCUACAUGCCAUCUCCCAGCAGUAUCAAAGGUACUGCCAGCUUUCCGAGAGAGCCCCAGUGGGAGAUUAAUGCGGCAGGAUCCAGUGGUCCAUUUGUCUCCAAACAAACAAGGACACUCUGAUAGCCACUACUCAAGCCACUCCAGUAGCAAUACCCUCUCCAGCAAUGCAUCGAGUGCCCACAGUGAUGAGAAGUGGUACGAUGGGGACCGCACAGAAUCUGAACUCAACAGCUAUAACUAUCUGCAGGGAACCUCAGCUGACAGUGGAAUCGAUACCACCUCUUAUGGCCCCAGCCAUAGCAGCUCGGUCUCCCUGGGGGCUGCCACCUCAUCACCUCGCUCGGGACCAGGCAAGGAGAAAGUGGUACCCCUGUGGCAUAGCUCCAGUGAAGUGCUGUCCAUGGUCGAUCGGACCUUAGAGACAGAGAGCCAUGGCAUGGAUCGGAAGGCAGAGUCCUCGCUGAGCCUGGACAUCCACAGCAAGAGCCAGGGUGGCUCGAGCCCUCUGACCAGGGAGAACAGCACUUUCAGUAUCAAUGAUGCUGCUUCCCAUACCAGUACCAUGAGCUCCCGGCACUCUGCCAGCCCAGUUGUAUUCUCCAGUGCCAGAAGUUCACCAAAAGAAGAGCUGCAUCCUGCCACCUCCUCACAGCUCACACCUUCUUUCUCCUCCUCCUCGUCCUCCUCUGGUCCUAGGACAUUCUACCCUCGCCAGGGCGCUACUAGCAAGUACCUGAUUGGAUGGAAAAAACCUGAAGGAACCAUUAACUCUGUGGGAUUUAUGGACACAAGAAAGCGCCAUCAGAGUGAUGGCAAUGAAAUAUCCCACACCAGACUACGUACUUCAACUAGGGACCUCCGGGCAUCCCCAAAACCAACCUCCAAAUCCACCAUUGAGGAGGAUCUAAAGAAGCUUAUUGAUCUUGAAAGCCCAACUGCUGAAUCACAGAAGAAUUUUAAGUUCCAGCCGCUCUCUUCCCCUCAGUCUCCUUUCCCUACCACCCCCACGUCGAGGCGGGCCUUGCACCGGACGUUGUCAGAUGAGAGUAUCUACAGUGGCCAGAGAGAGCACUUCUUCACUUCGAGGGCUUCACUGCUGGACCAAGCCCUGCCCAAUGAUGUCCUCUUCAGUAGCACAUACCCUUCCCUCCCCAAGUCUCUCCCUCUGCGGAGGCCUUCAUACACCUUAGGAAUGAAGUCACUUCAUGGAGAGUUCUCAGCCUCCGACAGCUCCCUGACUGACAUCCAGGACACUCGAAGGCAGCCCAUGCCCGAUCCUGGCCUGAUGCCCCUGCCUGACACUGCUGCAGAUUUGGAUUGGUCUAACUUGGUCGAUGCUGCCAAAGCCUAUGAGGUCCAGCGAGCCUCGUUUUUUGCUGCUAGUGAUGAAAACCAUCGCCCCUUGAGUGCAGCAUCCAACAGUGAUCAACUUGAGGAACAGGCUUUGGUUCAGAUGAAGUCAUACAGCAGCAGUAAGGACUCUUCACCCACUCUGGCUUCUAAAGUGGAUCAGUUGGAAGGGAUGUUGAAGAUGCUUCGUGAGGAUCUGAAGAAGGAAAAGGAAGACAAAGCCCACCUGCAGGCAGAGGUUCAGCAUCUUCGAGAAGACAAUCUGCGGCUGCAAGAGGAGUCCCAGAACGCCUCAGACAAGCUGAAGAAAUUCACGGAGUGGGUCUUCAACACCAUUGACAUGAGCUAGUGACAGCGAGGAGGACAGGACCUUCCUUCAUGCCUAUCCUUCACACCUUCGAAAGCAUUCUCAGAGCACCUUCCCAGCUACCCACUUUGCCCCUUCCAGAGAGUGCACAACACAAUUGCAGAUCAGCAAUCAUUAUCUGCCUUUUGUAGAAAAGAAAAACAAAGUAAAUAAAAAUUUUAAAAAGUAAAAUAAAAGUUUAACUGCUAAAAUGUGAAUGUCUUUAUUUUUUUGCACAAUAGCUUUAUCUGUUAUGUAUUUAAAAGCAAAGCAGACCUGAGCCCAGGGCACCCCCCCUGGCCUCUCUGCCUGUUCCCAUCAGCUUUCUAUUUCAGGUAACCCAAGCUUUCCCUGUUACCCUGACAAAUGUCGCUGUUCCCAGGAAAACUGUUUUUUAAACUUGUUUAUUUGGUGAGUAGUGCGGCAUAUUUCUUUGUAAAAUGCCUGGAGAGGGAGGAGCUUUGAGAAAAAGUCAACCUCCCUUGAAGGAUUUGUGUGUGAGCUGGUGCUGUUUGUACGUGUCUUCCAGAGACCAGCAAGCUCAUCUUGCAGCAGCCAGUAGGCAAACCAGAAGCACUGGCUGAUCUGCUGCCACACCCCCCAUCUGGUCCUGCAUUAUAACAUCACUUCCCUGCCCUUCCUUUCCCUGGGAAGAUGGUUCCAGGUGCACUUCUCAGAGAUCGGACUGUUUUGUUUGGCUGAAGUGAGCCCCACCAAACUGUAUCAACCACCACAGCUUCCUAGCUCCAAAGGUUAGUUUGGCCCCAAAUUCCUCCACACCGUAACUUUAUUUGUAUGCAUUUUGAGUGCAUCAUAGUAAAAAUAUAUAGUUUUUGAAAUUGUUACAGAUAUAGCAAAACUUUUAAGUUUAUUCAAAUAACUAUAUUAACAAAUCCUUCAUUCCAAAGCAAGACUUCACCAGUGUUUGCAACUAGGAAAAGCUAAUAAUAGACCUUAAGUCAUGAAUUUUAAUUGUUGUUUAUUAGAGCAAUGACUGUAAUAGAAUGAGCUUUGGAAAUCUGCAUGUCCCAGUGUGAAAUGUAAGCACGGCAUUUUCUGCAUCCUUUUGUAGCCAUCCAAAGGAUUCUGCUGCAGAAAUUAUGAAUGUGCUAUUUUUCCUGUCUAGUGAUGCAGGUUGCUUUGGUGCCCUGGGCCUUCUCUGCUACAGAGCAGAGACAUGGGGGCCAAUGAAUGUUGACUGGCCUGAGGAGACCCUCUUGUUUCUUGCCUUCAUGAUUGCCAUUAAACUGACCCCUCCACCCCUUCAGUGGCAACUCUGGUCUAAGGGAACAUUCGGCAAAGCUAGCAGCAUGUGCUUGGAAGUUUCCUUCCUUAAAUAGUCUCAACUCGGGCCUCCCUCCAACCCUGAAAGAGACAGGGCGAAUUCACUCUUACUCUUUCACCCCACCCACUAGCAGACCUUUAUGCUACAGUUUCAUUCUUGAUUGUAAUUUUUCCAUGGAAUUUUUUCCUAGUAAUAUUUCUAUCAUGGAAAUAGGAAGAUUUCGGAAUGCUUUAUGAUGAUUUCAAUUAUCUGUCUCUUUCUUUCUUUAACUUGUAUGAAGGAGAUUGUACAUUGCGCGAUAUCUCUUUGUAAAUGAGAAAUACUGCUAAUAUCCAAGCAUUCUGAAGUCUUGCUUAUUCUGAGUUUUGUUUUCAUUUUGUUUUCUAUUUUCUUUGGGGACUUGGGGCAAGCUAUUUAUUAGAGUUUUGCAACAGAGUUCUUGUUUGAAGCCUCUAAAGACUACUUGUAAAAUUCAAACAAUAAAAUUAAUUUUAAAUGCUCUUUUAAAA